UCAUCUGACCAAGCCACUGUCAUGGGGAAGCCGGUGUCGUACCCACUGCAUGGCAGCGAUAAGGACUGAGUAUACUGAGUGUGCGCGGCUGCUGUGGAUUAGGGCUGGGCACCACCCGGUGUGUGCUGACACCCUGUAGCCACCCUGUCACCGAGACCCACCACAUUCCUUCAUUAGGCUAAGGUUGUGGGGCAGGAGGGGAAGGGUCAAGUGAGCCCUCCUGAGAGCAUUCCCAGUCCCUGGCGCCCAACCAGAUUCUGUGGACAGGCGCGAUGAGAAGCCAAGGGGGGUUCGUCUUGUUGGGGCUCCUGCUCGUGCUGGCCAUCCUCUGCCAUUCAGGUUAUAGCCUGCAGUGCUACAGCUGUAUUAACCCAGUGCCUGAAUGUGCUACAGUCACCAACUGUACACCUAAUUUUGAUGCGUGUCUCCAUACAAUAGCUGGGCCACGUAUAUAUCACCGGUGUUGGACCUUUGAGGAUUGCAGGUUUGACCGCAUCUCAGCAAUCUUAGGGGAAGCUGAGCUACAGUACUACUGCUGCAAGACGGACAAGUGUAACCACGAGCAAGAUCGAAACCAUGGGACCACCUUAUCAGGGAAAACAGUUUUUCUGCUGGUGACCCCCUUUCUGGCAGGAGCCUGGAACUUUUAUGUCUAAAUCAAGCCCAGGAGGGAUUGUAAACUACCCCCUCCACCACCACCCCCUUAUUCCCCAUUUCCUGGCUGCUGCAUACAUAACAAAGGCUUUAUAUUUUCCAAUGCCAUCCUGUUGGGAAGGAAUAAAAUUAGCUCAAGCAUCUUGGAUCAGAGAGAGAGGGACUCAGAGACUUUGAAGACCAGUCCUGUUUGCAGGGAAGCUCCACUUGAGGGAGAAGUUUAAGAGUGAAGCAGGUGUGACUUGCACUAGGUUACCUGCUUUCUUCCUCUGCUCUCUGGAGGACCAGCUUUGCAGUGACAGCUUGUUAGGUUCUCCAAGACCCUCAGGUGUUUCCCCUCUGGUUCCCUGGAUGUGUUAAAUAGUAUGAUUCGCAUUUGGGAGGGGUGGUGCCAGGGGAUUCUUUUCAACAGUUCUCUCUCACAUGGAGCCUUUCUUCAGCUUUAUGGCUCCUGUGUUACUAUGGCAGCACAACAGAUGUUCCAGAUGUGGGCUGUCAGGAGCAACAAGAUCAGAGCUAGAAGACAUCUGGCAGGGAAGGCAGAAGCAUCCUAGAGGGCAGGGCAUGAAAACGCAAAGUCUAUCGUUAGACAGCUACCAGUAGCUGAAAUUUGAGUUUUCUUGUCCCUAAAUUUUGUAUGGGCUUUGCUGUCUUUCACUGGAAAAAUUUAAUAGCAUAAAUUAAUGGUAUGUUAAAGCUAUUCCUUGCUUUGUUUUUUGUUGGAUCAGUGGGGUAUCUUGGCUCUGGCACACACAAUUAAAAAAUGAACAUGCUCUUCCACA